CAUGCUUCCUGUGCCCCACUUGGUCCAAAAGCUUGCUCAGUGUCCCUCACAGUGUGCUCAUGCAUGGCAUGCUACAGCUUCUUAGAAGGUAAGUCUGUGAGACAACAAUACUGUUUGAUCGUGUGACCACGUCUUGUUCUGCAGGCUGCAGCAACUCUUGGCCAUCCCCAAUCCCCAUGCGGAGAUCAAUGCUACAGCUGAACCCAAAAAAUGAUCAAGCUCCUAGGUUAAGUGCAUUGCCCCGGCCCCAGUCAUCUAUUUUUUUUUCUGCAUGGAAAAAGGAUGCAAUGUAAUGUACUCCUUGCUGUCCGCCCUGUUCUAAUAAAGUGAAAAAAGAAGAAGAAAGGAGCAUAUGCAUUGCGUAUCUAAUACAAUAGUUAUCCACUUUGCCCCUAUUGCUUAUGCUUUUUCCGCUUUGUGUCACACUGGGACACACAAGCUUUGCUCCACCCCUUGUUUGUUGUACUUCAAAUCGCGGAGCCCCUUUCCCCACUGCCAUUUGUUUUGGCCAUCUGGUGCUCAUUUCCCUCGCCACAGGCUGCUCAGCUCAGCCACAUCCUUGCUUGCAAAGAUCUGUCUCUCUCUCUCUCUCCCUCCCUCCCUUCUUCAAUGGCGGCGGCUUCCUGCCCUGUUGCCCUCGCAUUCUUCUCCUCCUCCUGUAUUCUCCUCCUCCUUCAAACAAUCUGCUGUUCAGGAGUAUUUGUGGAGCUAUCAUACGACUCGACACAGGUCAAGGUACAGGUACUGUCCACCUCAGUGGUCACUGACGGCUACAGAGUGAUGGUCACUGACAAGCAGCGCGCCUACCUCUUCCUGAAGCCGUUUGCGUGCAGAGACAAGCCAUGCGGAUCGGAGUCCACCGCCGGCUCGUUCAUCAGCGAUGUUCUCGGUCCCGACCGCCGGCUCAACGUCAGCGGCAUCGUCGUGACGGCCACCGGCACGCGGCAGCUCGGCGCGCUUCUCCGCACUUUGCGGUCGCUUCAGGCUUCUCUCGGCGACGCUGGGUUGGCGGAGCGCGUCAAGGUCUCGCCGGAGCUCUCGAUGUCUUCUCUGCGGGUCGUGGGCAAGGAUCUCGCUCGUGCGACCAAGAAGCGGCGGUGGGGCAAGGUCCUGGAGUUCGUCAGGAGGACACGCUCGUUGGUCUUUGUUCGUGUGGACACGGAGGCGGGAGCGAACGGGGAGGUCGUCGCGGUGAUCGAAGAGGCCGCCGCUCAAGUUGCCGCUGUGUUGGGCGCUGACGUCGGCGUCGUGCUCCACAUCAAGAGCCGUGCGGUUCCAAGCGCGGCGGCAAUGGAAAAGCUUACCGGCCGGGGGGAGAAGAGGUCGUUGGGUGUUCUGGUGGACGUGUCGUUUCCUCGGCGGGACCGGGAGCUCGGCGAGGCGAGAGCGACGGCGCACGACGAGUUCUCUCCGGUCAGUAAUCCGGCGACGACGCCCGUGAGCAACCCCGUGACCGUGCCGGCCACGAACCCCGUGGCCAACCCGAUGUCCCCGGGAUUCGUCACCGUGCCGUCGACCAACCCGGGCAACGGGUUCGCGAGCAACACGAACCUGCCGCCGCUGUACCCCGAGCCGACGACGGCGCCGGUCACCAUGCCCACGCCUGACCCGACGACGACGAUGCCGCCGCCCGUGACCGUGCCGUCCCCCUUCGCGAACCCGGUCGCCGCGCCGACGACCACCAUGCCGGGGACGGUGACGAACCCGGCCACGACGCCGUCGCAGUUCCCACCGGUCACCAACCCGGUGACCACGUACCCGUACCCGCAGCAGGGCGGCAUGCCGGGAACGACGCCGGAGGUGUACCAGCCUCCCGCGACGACGACGCCCGGCACAGCGCAGCAGAGCGCGCCGUCUGUGACCGGGCAGGGGCAGGCGUGGUGCGUCGCCAAGUCGGGGCUCAUGGACGCCGCCCUCCAGGACGGGAUCGACUACGCGUGCGGCGCGGGCGGCGCCGACUGCUCGGCCAUCCAGCCCAUGGGCACCUGCUACAACCCCAACACGCUGCAGGCGCACGCCUCGUACGCCUUCAACAGCUACUUCCAGCGGAACCCGUCGGCGACCAGCUGCGACUUCGGAGGCGCCGGCAUGCUCGUCAACGUCAACCCAAGCUCGGGAACUUGCGUGUACCAGACAUCAGCAGGUUUCGGCGCCGGUUACAGCCCGGGUACGACGACGGGCGGCGGUGGCGUGCCCAGCGGUUACACUCCGGGGAUGCCGGGCGCCGGUUACGGCGCAGCGGGAGGAGGGGUGUCGGGCACCAUGGGAGGGGGCUCCGGCUCGACGGUGCUGAACGCAAACAACCCCGGCGGCAACUCGAUGUACGGCGGCUACGACAACACGGCGGGGCUCACCGCCGGCUCGGCGCCGCUACCCUGCGGCGGCGGCGGCUGGGCCGUCCUGUGCCUCGUCUGGAUGGUCACCUUCGCAUUUGUCAAGGAGAAAGUGUAGUGUGGAAGGAGCCCGCCUCGAGGGGCUGGAAGGAAUAGGAUCACACUGCCACGUGUUUGUUACUCAGUUAUGUAGUGUUGUGUUGUACAGAUGAGUGAGAUGUUUUUUUCCCUUUAGAGGCCGGAGAUGAGAAGACUAGAUGUUUGUGUCGUUGUGUGUGCGCGCGCGCGCUCAUGGUGGCAGAGCUGAAUCUGAAUGAUUUGGCCAUACAUGUUGUAGGUGAACAUACAACAUCGAGUCCCUUCUCCAUGGACCAUGUUUGGUUAGUCUAGCGCAAAUAUGAGUGAAAGAGUCUCUAGAUGAGUUAGUUAGAUGAUCUGAUUAGCACUUAUUAUGUCCUAACCCUAAAUCGUAGUGAAAACAAAUUUAAGAUUGGUCUUAAAAAAGUUA